ACACGUUUUUUCAAACGAUUAUAAAAGAGGUUUUAAUUUGUAUUUUUGUUAGUGUUAAUUCGUUCGCAAUCAAGAUGUCUCGUGUUGUUAUUCUUUUGUUGGCCUAUGCGCUGUUAUCAACUGCAUUUGCAACACCAGCUCACUACAGUGCAGAAGAAUAUAGCAGCGACGAAGAUAGUGGAGAGAUCGACACAGUUAAGUCAAACGGGGGCAGCAUUGGAGUUGGCAGGGUGAAGAGUGGGAGUUUUGGGGCUGGCAGCUUCAGCAUCGGCCACGGCGGGGAGAAUGGAGGCCACGGAGGUAACCAUGGAACCAACUCUUAUGGAGGACCAGGGGGUGAUACGGGAGACACGAAGUAUGGACGUUAGGGAAUGAAGAUUGAAAGAAGAAUCGGUGAAAGUGAUGAGAAUUUUGGGACUGAGCCCGUAUUUACAAAUAACAAAGUGAAUAAGUUCAAAAGUGUGAUGAAUCACUGAUCAACAAAGUUGAAAAAAUGUUAUUUAGUUUUAUUGAAAUUGGUGAUUGUUUGUAAAGAAUUCGAAUAUCUUUGAAUGGGAACUAAAAUAAAAGAUCUAUGCCUAUUGCCUAUACUUCGACUUUAUUUAAUUAAUCGUCUUUUAAUGCUAAGUCAUUACAUCCAAUCUGUACGUACAUACCUCUAAAUAUUGAAACUGGAUUAACUAGAUAGUAUGUUUUUUGUACAUAGAUAAAAAUUAUUUCAAUGAA